AUGAAAUUGGUCUCAGUGUGGCUUCCCCUUUCUACAAAGGUAUCUUCAAUUUAUACCACAAAUGAAAAUAAGGGAGUUAGUAUUACCAGAUCUCAUGAGGUUCCUGGAAAAUCUAGUACAGAUGGGACAUCAUCAGGUGCUGGGAAAAGUGGAAGUCUAUCUCUAGAUGCUUUAGCCAAAGCUAAGAAAGCUUUACAAAUGCAGAAGGAAUUGUCAGAAAAGCUGAAGAAGAUACCAUUGUUGAACAAAGGCACAAGUUCAGAUGGUAGCUCAGUCUCUGGAUUGAAAGACAGAGAGAAAGUGCCAUCCUCUGGUACUGGAAUAAUGCAGGGAACAUGAUCAACAACUGCAAAUGCUUUAUCAUCUGGUGCAAUGCCUAGUUCAUCAAACUUACAAGCUGCCGCAACAGCUUCUGUGAAGCCACCUGCAAGUGGGGUGCCUACUAUUCCUGGCCUUACUAAUAUACCCAACAUUGAAGCUGUUAAACGUGCUCAAGAGCUCGCUGCUAAGAUGGGCUUUCGUCAGGACCCUUAAAUUUUUGGGUAAAUAGGUGAAAUGUUUAAGCUCUCCCUGUUUUGCUUAUGUAGUUUUUUGGGCUUUGGAGCCUUUGGAUUUGGCACGCCUAUCUCAUAAAACAAAGACGAAGAAGAAGAGAGGAGAUGGGGAAUGAAGACGAAGAAAAAGAGAGGA